GAGGAGGAGGAGAAGAAGCGUCACGUGACUUUACAUCAUAGGUCAAAGUUGAAUACUGUAAUUGAAACAUGGCGGCGUCUACGAGGAAAGUGUUCGAGGUCUUCGUGUCUAAAGUCCCAUGGACAGUAGCCAACAAGGAGAUGAAGGAGUACUUUGGACAGUUUGGUCUGGUGAAAAAGUGUCUGCUUCCAUUUGACAAGGAAACAGGCUUCCACAGAGGUUUCUGCUGGAUUGGCUUCUCAUCAGAGGAAGGAUUAAAUAACGCGCUGCAGAAAGACCCGCAUGUGCUGGAGGGAGCCAAGCUCCAGGUCCAGAGGAACAGACGUCCGUUUACAGACACGAAGACAAACAAAGAAAGUGAACUUGAGUGAAGGACUUCGAGAAAACAAAGAUGUGUCAUUUAAAUUCUAUUAGUCUGCUUAACGUGUCAUUUUCCAGUUCUGCUUUGGCCACGAGGAACAUUUUGACGGCUUGGGCUUUGGAUUUCCAUUCUGAAUUCUGCGUUUUUGUCAGUGUGUUGAUGGGGUGGCCUUUACGAACCUAAAGUCUUUAUUUAUUGUCAGUGAUAGUUCUGUACUUCACUAAUCAUCCUGUCUCAAACUGUAAACAGAACAAAGCAAGUUUAUCAAACACCAUUCCAUGUCUGGCAAUAAAAACUUUGUUUACCUCGA